AUGCCUGUGCUCACCCGAGCAGAACCUGGUGAGAAGCAGCAGUGGCGGUGGGAUUCGUUGACCAGGAACGUCACUUGCCAUUCGUGCAAACAACGGCACAGCGACAUAUGGGAUCUUCUGAAACACUGCUAUACCGCCCAUGGGCUGCGAAUCUGCCAGGAGGAUCUGCCGGAUGAGGGCGACGUCUCAUGCACGUCAAACAGUUCACCAGUUACAUCAGCUGAGUCGACGAUCAUGCUCUCAUCUGUAUACAGAGAUGAUAAAAAUGGUACUCUAGCAAAGGGACUGCAACCGUCAGCAAAGAGCGCCUUCUCGCUGAACGCAUUCUGCUCGGAGCGAUUGAAGGAGAUUGCCGAAAAAGCUGGUGAACAAGAGAACAAACCCAACGGCUCGCUGGAGAAGAACCUCAAAGGGUUACUACCACCCGAUGAGACGGACGACGAGCAUGUGGCGAGUGCCUUCACAGCGACCACCGGCACUGGCCUUGCUCCACCACGGAAUAGUCUUGUGAGUUUGGAUGCCAUCAAUCUGAUGAUCAUUCAGUACUCAUCAGCCGUUCAGGGGAAAAGCCUUGAUCAGAACGUACCCCUGAAAAAAAUGGGUCUGUGGAAACUGUAA